CGCGUCGAGGCCGCUGUCAUGAUUUAUGAUCUGCUCCGUCAGAGCGCAGCAGUGGACCUUGUUCUCUGCUCUGCACAUCAGCGAUGUCAUGCCGGUAUCCUCAGUUCGCCAACAGUUUUCUCCUCCGAAUCGGUAUCGUUUCGUCCUUUCGAAUGUGAGCACACGUGAUACCCUCUAAUUAUGUUCGUGACUUGCACCAAAGCCGAAAGCGAUGCUUUUCUGUCGCAGACGGACGGUUGUCUCAUCCCGGGGUACACUGGUCACUGCCCCACCCUCAAGUUUCGCUUUGGCAAGCGUUACGGCGCCAACACGAAGGAAAUACUCCAGGAGCUGACAGAUAUCGGUGUGCUGAAGCGACAUAGGGCGACUCAGUACCGCUUUCAAGAUCCUGUCAAAGCUGUAUUGCCACAUUCAGAACUUCGUCCAAUAUUACGGAACCAAGGACAAACCAGAGAUUUGAAAAUUGAUGCCACCAAUAGGUGCAGACCGUAUAUCCUGGGAUACACAGGUUACAUUCCUGGAAUGCAUUUCCGGUAUGGUACCUCUUUCCGCCAAGCUGCUGAUGAAUGUUAUGAUGAGUUAACCAUGCGGUUAGCUGAGGAUCAGAGUCGUCAUUCCUAUGAAAAAUCCCACCCUAGAGUCCGAUCAGCUCCUAAACUGAUUUCUAUCCGCAGUCGAGAUCAAGUAAAACAGGCAUUGAAGCAGUAUGCAGAGACUCACCGAUACAGAGAUCAUCACAUAUCUCCAGAGUUCCCGCCGAUCGCAGGAUAUACUGGCCACAUACCCAAACUGAAAGUCACUGAUGCCUCUCUGAGUCAGCGGUACCACACAGCUGCAAAGAAAGGAUUGACCCUUUUAAAGCAGGAAAGAGAAUCAUUAAGAGAUUAUGAUUCCAAAAGACUGGAGAAUGCACUAUCAACGCACAGGUUAACUCCAGUUAAAGCUGCAUAAUUGGAUCAUAUAUCCAGCUUGAUUAAUUAAUUUAUUAUUUAAUCUAAUUUAGCCGUAAGUCGUGAGUAAAUUCAACUCUGAAGUGGUCGCAAACCCAAGAAUCCUAUUCAAAUCCUAUCUAUCUGCAGAACAAACUUUUCGCUCAUCACCCAUGUUCAGUAUUCAGAGACAGGAAAAAGUAACGUUCAGAUGGAAACAACCCAAGUUGCAAUCAAUACAAUCUUUAAUAGAAAAAUAGUCAAAGAAGAGACGUUUUGGGCACAAAGUGGUAUUUCUUAUCAGAUGUAAAUUGAAGGAAACACCGGCCAAAACUGUUCGUAAGUUAUGGCUGAACACAGCAAAACCCAAAAUUGUAUAAAAAUUGUGGUAAUUAAUACAAAACUUGUCAGCUCUCCACAAAAAUUAUGAAGAGUAGCUUUCCAUCUUUGUCAUAUCAUAUGUUACUGAAGGACCGCUUUGGGCCCAAAAAAUCUUAGAUUUAAUGGAAGCCAUGUGGCUUUGAUCCCAUCUAAUCUAUAUUCCUUGUUAAGUGUUACUCUGAGUCAUUUCAUAUUUGUGGACUUUCACAGUCUGAAAUUCUUGCACAUAAUGUUAUAGAGCACAUUCAGGAUAUGGGCAAAGAGAGCUUAAGUUUUUUUAUGUGUUUCGAUUAUUUCAUCAGUUAUGAAGCUCCUUGACACUCUCUCCAGUCAAAUUAUAAUGAUACUUCAUUUCAAAACUAAGAAAAUCAUCAGAGAUUCUUUCAUCAUUGUUUUUUUCUAUCUGUAAAUAUGUACAGCUUUAAGUUUAAGCCCAAAAUUUACCACUAAACAAGGUAAAAAAUCAAGAACUACAGCUCAUGAUUUCUCAUCAAAAUUUCACGUCGAGUGCAUUAAACGUUGAAAUUUUUAUAUUUACUCAUUAGUUACAAAUGAAUGUUCGUAGUUUACAUUAUAGCUAGUAAAUUCGAACUUCCCCCUCCCAGAAUAAUUAUUAUCAAGGUAUGCCAAACUAGGCAUUGAAAUCAACCUAUCUGUCAGGCAAAUAACUAGAGCUCUUGGUUUCAGACACUUUUCCUUCCUCCUCUGAUACAAUUUAUCUUUAAUCUGGUCAAAACAAAGUUAGUGCAUAGGAAAAUUCUUCUUCAAUCGCAUCUUAUACUUCCCGAAAUUUUUUCAAUGCUCGGCUUAACCUGAGUAGACCAUGGUUUUUCUGUGAGGGGGAAGUGUAAGUGAAGGCGGACAAAAACCAUUACUCCCUCGCUCAUGGUUGAAUUUGGAAGUCUUCUUGCUUCCAUCGUAUUCUAUGUAAAAUUCUGAUGAGGAAAUAGGUUCGUGGCUCUUAAUUUUGUACCCUUUUUAGAGCGGUUCAUCAAGAGAGUAUUUUCCCAAUUCAACAGAAAUUCGGAAUUCCAUUUCAUAAAAUUGUUCAAAAUUCAAGAAAGCCCAUUGCAUCUUUGUAUAUAUUUCUUUUGUAAUAAGUGGAAGUCUCAUUAGUAUCUGCAAGUUUGUAAUCAAUGUAAUGAAAAGUACAAAUGUAGCACCUUGGACUUAUACAGCGAAUGAGCACCCUGUUUUGUCAAAUGCUUGCCAAUAUUUUGGCAGACCUUGCUGGAGAAUAGACUUUGCACCUUCAAAAUCAUAAUAUAUAUUGUGUAUCAUUUGCUUCACCCUAGAAUUUUACGUUGGCCAGGAAAAUGUUUAGGUAACUCCGAAUGAAUAAAGGAGUGUAUGUAAUGAAGUUGGUGUUUCUUUGUCCUAUCAUGACGGACACCAGCUGACGAUGUCAAGGGUAUUUUUGAGUGUCAGUGUAAAUGUAUGGAAGUGAACCAUAUCGAUGGUAAAUCUGCAGAAAUGCAUAUCUCGAUUUGUCAAGUUACAAUUUUCCUAUCAUACUUUAUUUUACAUCGGAAACUACCAAACGUCAUUUCUUGAAAAAUUUGAUGAUUUUUCUCCAGGUGAAGGAUGUUCUCUGGAAAUUCCAAGUCAUGAUGUUGAUUUGGUCUCCUUCUAAAAAAUCAAAGAGAAGCGGAGAUUUUGAAAUACCGCAACGGAGACACACAUUUUUGCAGUUUCACCAUCAUCAUUCCCUCUGUUGGUAAAUGAAGGACAAUCAAUUACUAGACAGAAUUUGAAAAAUUCAAAAAAUUCAAAAAAAAUUUGAAAUGGAAAAUGUUGCCAUAGCAAUCCAGAAUUAAUGUUCGGAAAUCUCUUCAAGAAAUUUCCAUUCAGAAUCUUGAUGACAAACCAUCUAACAUUUUAAUUAAAUUUGAAUCCUGUCUAGGGGUUCAUUAUUGAUCCAGUACCAGUCCCUCAUCUUCAAAGCCCUGGAUGAAUUUUUGUUGUACAAUCAGAGUUUUUUAUCUUUAAAAUGUAACCCAAGUAGCGAGCAUCUCUAUCAUCGUAAAUAAAAUUUCAUGAAUGCGAUGUCAUGUAAUUCUGUUUUGAAACCAUCACUAUUAUUAACUAAUUUAGCUUCUUGAAGUAUCAUUUAAAUUAAUGUUCUCGCUUUUGUCUUUUCAGCUUGUUAACAGUUGAAUCUAGUAAUUUAACACGCAAAGUGCCUAAUUUAGCUGUUUCUUAUUUUUUAAAUGUUCUAUUAUUUUUUCAAGCUCUUAUUCCUGGUGAUGAAGUUUUUUCCGUCCUAUAAAUAACUAAAUUUAAAGAAUCCUGCGAAAAAACAUGUAAUCACCUACAGCAAAGAUUGCAAGAUUUGUGUGAUUUCUCGUGUUUUGAGUAUGCUCAAAUACUCUUUUCUUUCCGUGACUUAUUAGACUCUUCGUACCUACAAAGUUGCCUAGUUAUAAAAUAAGGUAUUGAAGGACAUGUAAUGUAAAUUUUUUGAGGUGACUGUUUUAAGAUAAAUGCUAAAAUUUUAAGUGCCUAAUUUUCCAAUCAUUGUUGAUUGUUCAUUACCUUACAUCAUGAAGGGAAAAAAUAACUGUUUUAUUGUGAUAUAAAAUGACUUGCUUUUCUUUGUCAUUAGGGUCUAGGCAGCAUAUUAGAUUUUGAAUUAGUUGUAACUAUAUUGUGAACUUAUAAUUGUACCUACUGUAGUGUGAAAAAUUUUACACCAUCCUAUAAAAUCAUGAAUACCAGUAUUUUGCUUUUCAAAAUUUUUACAACGUUCAGCCGAGUUACGGCCCAAAAUAUAUAUUUAUCUAUUUUUAAAUGAAGUAUGUCAUUUUGCAACACUGACUGUAACAAUGACUAGAACCUUUCCUCUGACCAAAUCCUUUCCUGAAAGGCCUAUCCAACAGUCUAAGUAGGUCUGAGUAGGUUUUUACCUACAGAAAAUGUUUUUAAAUACCCGAUUGCCUGGUCUUCUGAGCUUUUACCUUAUAAAUCAAAUUUUUUUGGUUUUAAAGAAAAAAUUAAUCUGAAUGCUCUUAGCCCCGCUUAUUUAAAAGCUUAAAAUUAUAAAAAAUUGAAACGAUCUUAAAAAUACUUGAAAUCGCAUAAAAAGUAUACAUUUAAAGAUCUGCCUUGAAUCUACGGUACAUACAAGCUUAAUGGUAUGUAUUUUGAUAGAUACUGUGAGAUAUACUUGUUAUAAUUUCCAUUCAUUCAAUUAUUAUUGCAGUUUUCCUAUUCCUUUUUUUUAUAACAAAAAAAUUAAUGCUCCUUGAUAUUUUUGCUUUUUCAAGUGUGGCUAUUUAUUUCUUUCCUGUAACAUUCACUCUAAUUUUAAUAGGUAUUGCAUUGAGCCAAAAUAACUAAAAUUUUACAAGCAAUUCAUUUUAAUCCAUCUUGACUUUAGUUAUGAAUUGUCAUUCUCAGAUUAGUGCUGAAUUUUUAUCAUUUUGAUCAAUGUGCUAAACUAUUAUCUUGUUUUCAAAAUAUAGUACUUAUUUAUUUUUCUGUGUUGCCUA